AUGGCACCAACUAAUGGGUCAGCAGAACCAAGAAACCCAUUCAUUCGAGGCUGGCACCUGGUUUUUGGGCACAACCACCUCCCUUAUGAGAAAGUCCAUUGCUCAAGGCGAGGAAACAGAGGCGCAGAGAAGUUAAGUAGCUUGUCCAAGGUUACACAGCUGGUAGGCAAUGGAGGCAGUACUAAAACCAGGAUGUCUGUCCCCAUAGCCAAGUACUACUUGGUGUCUACUAAAAAAUUCCACAAGACGAGAGUUAGCACAGAGUACCUCAUUCCUGAUAUCAAUGCUGAACUCCUUCCAGGUUUGCUGAAGACACAAACCAGAAGCACUACCAGAAGCAUGGCCCACUUUUCAGAGGGGUCUGCAAAGCUUUCUACAGGUUCUAGAAGAAUCCUCUUCCAGAAAAAUCAGGAGUUAAAAUUAGUAGCACGAUUUGCUGACGGGCUGCUGGAGAAGCCCCCGCCUGAGGUGCGCCGCGAUAAAGAGAAGGAAAAGCUGGCGGAAGAACAGGCUGAGAAAGCCAAGGGCAAGUCUGUAAGCAGACCUUGCCAGGUGACUGUCCUCUGUCAGUUUCACCCUCUGUCCAUGGACCCGGACGGGCUCCUGCUGGAGAAGGGCCUCCCCCAGACCCCAGCCACCUGGCUGAGAACCUUCUGCUGCCUGUGGCUGAGCUGGAAGGGAAGGAGUCUCUUCCAGGGCAUCCCUGCUGCUCCUCCAUCACCCUCUUCAGCCCUCAGAAACCUGUCCAGCCGAGCUGAUAAUCGUUACAAGCCAUGGGACAAAAAAAAUGGCACUGAAGUAACUGAAUUCAUUCUCCUGGGAUUCGCUGGUCAGCACAAGUCUUGGCACAUCCUCUUCACAGUAUUUCUGGUGAUCUAUGCGGCCACCCUGGUGGGUAACAUUGGCAUGAUCCUGCUCAUCAAGACUGACUCUUCCCUUCACACCCCCAUGUACUUUUUCCUCCAAAACUUGGCUUUUGUUGAUCUCUGUUAUGCCACUGCUAUCACUCCGAAGAUGUUGCAUAAUUUGAUGAGCACCAAAAAUUCCAUCUCAUUCUUUGGAUGUAUGGUGCAACUGCUAGUCUAUGGUACCUUUGUAACAAGUGACUGCUAUAUUCUGGCGGCUAUGGCAGUAGACCGUUAUGUGGCCAUCUGUAACCCACUUUGCUAUGCAACUGUCAUGUCCCAGAGAGUCUGCAGUCAACUCUUAACUGGUUCAUACUUCAUGGGUUUCCUGAACGCUUCUGUCAAUGUAGGUUUUACUUUCUCACUGACGUUUUGCAAAUCCAAUAAAAUUAACCACUUUUUCUGUGAUGAGCCCCCAAUUCUGGCCCUCUCAUGCUCUGAUAUUUACUUCAGCAUCAUGGUACUAGCAGCCUUUGUGGGGUUUAACUUGACAUUCACUAUAUUGGUCAUCAUCUUUUCCUACAUGUUUAUCUUGUCUGCCAUCCUGAAGAUCUCUUCUGCUGCAGGAAGGAAAAAAGCCUUCUCCACCUGUGCCUCCCACCUGACAGCUGUCACCAUUUUCUAUGGAACACUCUCUUGUAUGUAUCUGCACCGUGGUACCAUAGAGUCUCAAGAGCAAGAGAAAAUGGCUUCCAUUUUUUAUGGGGUUGUGAUUCCCAUGUUAAACCCUCUCAUCUACAGUCUGAGAAACCAAGAUGUAAGAGAAGCCCUAAAAGAGGUUGGAAAAAAGUGUUCCUAG